CCCCACUAGGUUUGUUUGUUUAUUUUGAGGCAUAUUUACGUAUCGAUGAAUAUCAGCCAUUCCACCUUGGUCUACCUAGGCAUCCCGUACCCUCUCUCUAGUCAUGGCUACUACGGAAAGGAUUACCAGUGUCACUGACGAGAAAUCCUUCCACGUGGAGGAGAAACCUCACUGCGUCAAGGGGGAUAUUGAGACCUCCACCGGAGAAGACACAGACGAGAUUGUUGUCCUUGAGAACGAGCGAGAUAUUGCAACGCACGUCAUUUCCGUGGACGACGAUCCUAAUCUGAACCCUUGGACCUUUCGAGCUUUCUUCAUCGGCCUUGGCCUUUCUGCCUUUGGUGGUUCGCUGGCCCAGAUUUAUUACUUUAAACCUGCCUCAUUCUGGUUGACACUCCAGCAAACCAUCCUUGUAUCUCUGAUGUUCCUCGGCAUCAUAUCCUAUGUGAUUGGCCUUGCGAUGGAAACAUUCAUUCCCCGCCAUGGAUUGUUCCGAUACCUGAAUCCAGGGCCCUUCAAUAAGAAGGAGAAUGCGUUCAUUAUCAUCAUGGCCAGUGCAGCCGCGAACUCUGCAUUGGGUACGGAAGUCCUCGCCGUCCAACGUUUGUAUUAUAACAUCGUACCGAACACUGGCUCAUCAAUCAUUUUGUUGUUCUCUUCUCAACUGCUCGGCUAUGGGAUAGGGGGUCUGAUGCGAGGGAUCCUCCUCUAUCCAUCGAAGAUGUUGUACCCCGACGUUCUCCCGUUGGUCUCCAUGCUCGACGCUUUCUAUCGCGAUGGCAUCGAAGCCCGUCGAAAGCUCAAGGUCUUCUAUUUCGUUUUUACUGCAAUCUUUAUAUGGGAGAUUUUUCCCGAAUGGAUAUUCCCACUGCUUACCGGUCUCUCGAUAUUCUGCCUCGCCGCUCCUAACAAUGCUGUUGUCUCUCGUGUGUUUGGUGGUUCCAAUGGAAACGAGGGCCUCGGUUUAUUGUCCCUGUGCUUCGACUGGCAGUACAUCUCGGGUGGUUUGAACCCGAUGACUAUCCCACUGAAAGCUCAGCUCUCCAGCUUUAUUGGUUAUCUUCUCUGCAUAGUUGUCUUUGUCGCCGUAUUCUACAACAAUAUUUGGAAAUCUCAGAACUUCCCGUUUUUGGCGCAGCUCCUCUUUUACGAGAACGGGACUGUCUACAACCAGACUUUGAUUAUGGAUUCCAACUAUGAGGUGGAUCCUGCCUUAGUGGCAGCACAGGGACUGCCAUUCUACGCCGGCACCUGGGUUGUUAACCUGCUGACAACCAAUCUCUCAUUGGGUGCAACGUUCACUCACUUACUCCUGUGGAAUAAACAUGACCUUCGUGCAGCCUGGAGUUGGAUCAACAUGAACACAUUGAGGAGUUGGCGUGCUAAUUUCGAUUGGAAGUUCUGGAAACACGGUGGAAAAAGGGAAGUCCCCACUAACACUGGGGACCUCGACCCGCAUUACCGGGAGAUGCUGAAGUAUCCAGAUGCUCCGAAUAGUUGGUACUUCUUGACGUUCGUUCUCUCCUUCAUUCUUGGAUUGGUCGUCAUAUACAAGACAGAUUCCACGCUUCCCUGGUGGGGCUUUAUUAUCGCAGUACUCUUGGCCGUUGUGUCUAUCUUGUUCUUCACCGCGUUGUACGCUAUCACAGGCAUUACGCUUUCCAUCCAAACCCUAGUCCAGAUGAUUGCUGGCUACCUACAGACCGGACGACCCAUGGCGAAUAUGUUCUUUGUUCUUUACAGCUAUAAUACCGUGUCUCAAGCAAUGCUGCUACUACGCGAUCUGAAGAUCGCUCAAUACGCCAAGCUGCCUCCCCGCGCUGCAUUCACAGCACAGAUCCUUGGCACCUUACUCGGCGCUGUUCUCAACUAUGAAUUGAUGAAUUCCAUCAUCGACAAUCAACGCGAAAUCCUGUUGUCUGUACAAGGAACAAAUAUCUGGUCUGGCCAGCAACCUCAAGCAUACAACUCGCAAGCCAUUGCGUGGGGUGGCCUUGCUCAUGAACUCUUUUCAUCUGGUCAAAGGUACCAGUGGGUUCCUUUAUCCUAUAUCAUUGGCCUGGUUGUGCCUCUUCCUUUCUGGAUCAUUCACCGUUACUGGCCGAAACUGCGCAUGGAUUACUAUUACACCCCUAUCAUCUGUGCGUACAUGGCAUGCCUUUCUGUUGGAAUAAACUCCUCGGCUUUGUCGUAUUACACGAUCGCGUUCUUGUCUCAGUGGUGGCUUCGUACUAGGUACCCGCGUUGGUUCAAGGAAUACAACUAUCUGGUCGGUGCAGCCCUUGAUGGUGGAACGCAGGUCAUGAUAUUCAUUCUCUCCUUUGCGGUUCAAGGGGCUGCUGGAACAUCAUACCUUUUCCCAGAAUGGUGGGGUGCAGACCAAAAUGGAAACUACGACCACUGCUUGUAUCUCUAAAUACCACGCUCUUAGUCUAUUACAUCAGGUUGAUGUGUUUUUGCAAUCAAAGAAUACGGGGCAAUUGGGC